AUGAACCACCUCCGCCCCCUCGACAACCCGGCCGAUAUUGACUAUAAGGAGGAGGUGGCGCAGCUCGAGAACAAGGCGUAUGUCGAGAGCGACCCAAGGCUUGCUGGAUUGGCGGAUGAGCUCGCCUGGGCCCAUGGGCUCAGCGAGGAGGAGCUGGCUGCCGAGUCGAAGAAGCUUCUUAGGAAGGUGGACUGGCGUCUCAUGCCCACUCUAUUCAUCCUCAUCGUGCUCAACUACCUCGACCGGAAUGCGCUAGCCGCCGCCCGUGUCCAAGGCAUCGAAGCUGACUUGGGAAUGACUGGUAAUGACUUCAACGUCGCUAUCUCGGUGCUCUUCGUUGGCUACAUUCUCGGUCAAAUCCCCUCCAACUACAUUCUCUCUCGUAGCCGACCCUCACUCUACCUCUCCUUCUGGGUCGUCGUCUGGGGCGCCGUCUCUACCUGCACCGCUGCCGCCCGCAACUUCAGCUCGCUCGUCGUCAUCCGGUUCUUCCUCGGUUUCUGCGAGGCACCCUACUUCCCUGGAGCCCUCUUCUUGCUCUCGUCCUGGUACAACAAAAAAGAGCUCGCUUUCCGGAUGGCCUUCCUCUGGUCCGGCUCCCUCCUCUCUGGCGCUUUCUCAGGCUUCAUCUCGGCCGGCAUCCAAGCGGGUAUGCAAGGUACUCUGGGCCUCUCCGCAUGGCGGUGGAUGUUCAUAAUCGAGGGUGCUGUCACCAUUGUCUUUGGCGCCGCCGCAGUAUUUGUUCUGCCCGACUAUCCCUCGACUACACGCUGGCUCACACCUCGCGAGCGCGCUCUCGCCGUAUACCGUCUUCAAGCCGAUGCUGGGGAGGCGGACGAGGAGCAGAUUGGCUUCUUCCGCGCUCUCAAGCUCGCCGUCUCCGACUACAAGCUGUGGCUCCUCGCCCUCAUCCAGGUCACCAAGACGACUGCAGCCGCCGUAACUCAGUUUAUCCCCACCGUCGUCAACACAUUUGGCAUGUCCAAAGUCAACACUCUCCUCCUCACUGCUCCUCCCUACCUUUUCGCCGCCAUCCUCGCCUUCUUCAUCUCAUACUCGUCGGACCGCAAGCCCGAACGUGCCUUCCACUUGGCCAUCCCAAUCAUGGUGGCUGCUGUGGGUAACGUCGUCGCUGCUACCACCACCACCAUUGCCGCUCGGUACACCGCCUUGUUCCUGCUGCUCGGCGGCAUCUAUGGUUCCUUCAACGUCUGCAACGCCUGGACCAGCUCCAUGUUUGCUCGACCGAGGGCAAAGCGCGCCAUGGCCUACGCUACCAUCAACUCGAUCUCAAACAUGGCGCAAGUCUGGACACCUUACAUGUACGACUCGAAGUACUCGCCCCAAUACACCAUCGCAUUCUCUGUCAACGUCGUCAUGUGUUGUAUCGCCGUCUGCACUACCUUCCUCGUCCGCUGGAUCCUCGCACGUGCCAACCGCAAGAUGGAUAAAGAUGAAGCAGAGGGGGCGGAUCAGGAGGGCUUUGUCAAGAAGAUCAGGUACACUCUUUGA